CGAUAUCUACGAUUCCAAGCGUGGCACAUUUGUGGAUCUUGGUAUUAUGGACGUUUUACAAAUUUUCGGCUGCGCUGGUGGACCACAGUUCGAUAAAAGCGGUGUGGGCACUAUUCACUACGCACGAUAAACUUAACCAUUACUUAUCUCUGCUCACGAAUCAAUUUCCCAUUGAAUCAAACUUCAUUCAAUGCUUGACAGAUAAUGUUAAUGCCGAGAUAGUUUCGGGGACCAUUACAAAUGUUGAAGAAGUCAUAGAGUGGUUGAGUUAUACCUAUCUGUUUGUGCGCAUGCGUAUCAACCCUCACGUUUACGAAAUCGAAUAUGUCGAGGUUAAGGAAGAUCCCUCCUUAGAACGUAAGCGAAGAGCCUUAAUUGUAGGUGCUGCCAUGAGUUUGGAUAAAGCGCGUAUGAUACGUUUCAAGCAGCGAACUCUCGAUUUUAAUGUCACAGAUUUAGGUCGCACAGCUUCGCAUUAUUAUAUAAAAGACGAUACGGUAGAAAUAUUUAAUGAACUUAUAAAACCGUUUAUGAACGAAGGUGAUAUAUUUGUAAUGAUGUCGCAACCCCAAGAGUUCGAGCAGCUCAAAGUACGUGAUGAUGAACUGGAAGAAUUGGACGAAUUAAAACGCAAUUAUUGCAAAGUUAAAGUAUUUGGCGGUAGUGAAAAUGUUUGCGGAAAAAUUAAUAUAUUAAUGCAGACAUGUUUCAAUCCUUCGAAUCUUCGUUCAUCAACCAGUUCCAUUUGAACUGUUUAAACUUUUAAGGUGCCAAAAAAUGAAGGAAUUACUUUAUUCCUUCAGGUUUAAAGUAAAUUGGGUUCAAUUUCUUUGAAAAACAAUUUCGAAACUGGUGUAGUUUAAUUACCAAAGCUAAACACGCAUCAAUGAACCAGUAAGAAGGUUAUAUUAUAUCCAGCCUGUAAACCUUUGGUUCAUCUAAGGUUUUAAUGUCCAAGAAAUCCGUCUUUUCACGUAUUAAAUGAGAAUUAAAUUAUAACUAACACACUUUACUGCAUUCUACUCUCCAACGCCUAUCAUUUGCUGCCCAUAUCGAAGGGUUUCUAAAGCUGAAAUACGCCCCCAUCCUUCGGUGGAAAACCCGCCAAAUGACACAUAAUUUUUGUGAGAAAUUAUUGUCGCACAAAUGCAAACAGGAAGCCGAAAUUGGCAUUAGACAUUGACGGGUUCUGUAAAUUUAGAGUUAACUUCACGAACAUAGUUAUCGAUUUAAUUAGACCAAAUGAUUCUCUGUAUCUAUGUGUGUCCAAGAGACACCAAGAGAAAUAAACGUGCAUGGUAAAUUAAUGAAUAAACAGCAAGCCAAGCAAAGACGUAACGUGAUACACUGGGACCACGAGGCUUACGGACUCGAUGAUCGAGGAUUUGACGCUAAUGUUAAAGAAUGCUUGGAGGCUUUACCACAACAUUCAUUGGAACAUAAGCAUGGUUGGCUGUUAGUUCUUAGCCAUGCCUUGAGUAAAAAAAUUGGACAUCUCAUCAUACAACGUUAAA